CACCAUUAUGCCAUGGAUAUCACCAAAUUCAUAAUCGACCACAGGGAGUCGGCGCUUCUUUUGGGUGACUACAACACAUAUCGAGGGCAGCUUUCCGGCCGACUGCGCACUGUGAGGAAAAAGCUUGGACGAGCAACAGGCAAGAACGCGAAAUAUGCCCCAAAGGCGCCCGUCACAGCGGAGCAGAUUGGGAGAGACGUUGAGUUUCUCAACCUUCUCCUUCUUACGUCCGAGCGAGCAUGGGCACAUGCAAUGUUCAUGAAGGCUUCUCACGCAGAAGACAACGCAGACAAGAGUAUAACAGGCUCGACGCGUCAGCAUAUAAUAUCGAGAUUGCACAAAGCUGUCAUCUAUGCAGAAGAGGUCGUUGGCCUUCUCUCGGACCCCGCCUGUGGAGCUACGGAUACGGACGUUUUAGAAGCAAAAGCAUACGCAUAUUCCUUAGCUGGAGCGAAAGAUUUUGAAAAGCAGGCAGAAGGCAUAAAAAAGAUGAAUGCGUCACCGGACAGGUGGAAAUCAUGUCUGACCAACUACUCGGCCGCCAGGGUAAUUUACAACAGCCUCCUGAAGGCAACAAAGAAGGAUUUGUUCAAAGAUGUUUUAGCAGGGACGACCGACCCUAGCAUACGUUAUGCCGCAUAUCAACAUCGAAUUCCGAGGACCGUGGGCGUGUCCGCAGUGGCCAAGAAGUUCUUCCCGAAAGAGGAGUCGGAGCUGACUCAAGCCGUGGAGAAGCUUGACGCUAGCGCACUACAGGAGGAGGACACUGCUCCCUCAGGUUCUACUAUUGUAUGGCGCAAACGGGCAGCAAACAUUGUCGAUGCUGCCAUCGGCCAGGCUCUCGUUUUGGUAGAAACCGCCUCUGCUGAGCUUGACAAACAAGUUGGCACAUCCAUCUCACUAAAAGACAGAGCUGCUGCUUACGAUGACGUUCUCAUUACCAGCCAAGACGCUGCAGAUGCAACACGCAGAGCCAUUGAAGAGUUGGAGAAAGAAGGAGUUGACGAGGGUGACUCAAGGAUGCAAGAUCUCCGCGUGACAAGUCUUGCGGUGAACUACAAUCUGGUCUCUUGGCGCGUUGGUCGAAAUCGGGUUCUCAUCGGCUCCGAUGACGGGCUUAUAUUUUCUCCAACUCCACCUCAAAAACCACGACGGCUACGCAAGGACGGGAAAGAGUUGGUCGAGCGAGAGGAACCAACAGGCCGAAAGUUGGCAAGAUUACGAGAACGUGUAGCACUGUACGAUGCCAUCCUACAAAGUAUCGAUUCGAUCAAAGAUUUGAGAGGUGCUGUUCGAGACGCUGGGUUUUUGGCCGAACUAGAUGGCCAACGUGCGUACUUCCAGGCACUCAAAUGCCUGAGCGUUGCGCAAUCUCACGCUAUCUUGUCAUCUCCAAAAGAGGCACUGGCACUAUGCAACCGAGCAUUAUCGCUCUCUUCGCAAGCCGUGUCCGCACCAAAACCUACACCUUCCGCAUCCAAAGCUCCAAGGCUGGUGGUUUCUUCUGAACAGGCCGAGUCAUUAAAGCAAAAGCUGGAGAAUCUCACCUCGCAUUAUCGAGGACUAGUGACAUUGAUUCAACUCUCUGCCCACUCGGACAUGGCAGUGAAAGCUCAGAUGAUUAAUGCGGCGCCAGUCGUAGAGAGGCUAAACGAGUACCCCACAUCAGGUUCCGUAGACCUGAAGAACCUUGUAACAUGGCCACCGAAACUGAAGCCAGUACCAGUAAAGCCUCUCUUCUUCGAUGUCGCGUGGAACUAUAUCGAGUAUCCUGGACGAGAGAAGCCAGUCCAAGAGCCAGUACCAGAUAAAAUGCAGGUGGUGGAGAAGAAGGCAGAGGAACACCGGCCUGCGAAGAAAGGCUGGUUUGGCUUUGGAAGGUAGAAUUGUCAAACAUUGCGGGAUCUUAUCGUCAAGCAAGAUAUAUUCGUAAGUUUAAGCUAGAUAGAGGUGCUAAGUCACAAGUGACGCGUACUCUGGCUGAAUUUACCUGCCGUUUUGUUUGUCCACUAAAUCAACGGUGGUGCAACUCGAGCUACGAUUUCCCCGUCUCCAUUAGCU